AUGAGAGAAAUCGUGUCUCUGCAUUUCGGUCAGGCAGGGUGCCAGACGGGUUCGGCGUCGUGGGAGUUGUUUUGCCUGGAGCAUGACGUGAACCCGGACGGGACGAUGGCGACGGAUGGGAAGAUGGCUGACGGCCGGCCGGCGGGUGCGGAUAACGAUUCGUUCACCACGUUCUUCCAGGAGUCGAGUUCGGGCAAGUGCGUGCCACGUUGUGUGAUGGUUGACUUGGAGCCGAGCGUGAUUGAUGGGAUUCGGAACGGCGAGUACAAAAGUUUGUUCAACCCGGAUAUGAUGGUAACGGGCAAGGAAGAUGCGGCGAACAACUUCGCGCGGGGACAUUAUACAGUCGGCAAGGACAUCAGCGACACGGUCAUGGAGAAGAUCCGGCGCACAGUAGAGCAGUGCAACGUGCUGCAGGGCUUCAUUAUCUACCAUGCCGUGGGAGGCGGCACGGGUUCAGGUCUGACCGCACUUAUUUCCGAACUAAUCUCUGUGGGCUACGGCCGCACCAACCGCUUCCACUUUUCCACCUGGCCCUCACCGCGAAUCGCCACCGCUGUUGUCGAACCUUACAACGCCAUCAUGACCACCCACGCGCUACUCAACCACUCGGAUGUCUCUGCCGUCCUCGACAACGAAGCCAUUUACGACAUCUGCCGCAAGAACCUCGACGUUGAAAGACCUGGCUAUACCAACCUGAAUAGACUCGUCUGCCAAGUUAUCUCCUCACUCACUGCCUCCCUUCGCUUCUCAGGCGCACUCAACAUGGACAUUAAGGAAUUUCAAACCAACCUAGUCCCCUACCCACGCAUCCACUUCAUGCUCAGCUCCUACGCACCUAUUAUCAGCGACCGCAAAGCCACCCAUGAAACCAUGGCCGUCAACGGCAUCACAACCGCCGCCUUUGAGCCCAGCAACCUCAUGGCCAAAUGCGACCCUAGAAAAGGCAAAUACAUGGCUUGUUGCCUCAUGUAUCGAGGCGACGUGGCUCCGAACGAUAUGACCCAGGCGAUCUCGUUAAUGCGUACGAAGAGCCAGAUCCGUUUCGUGGACUGGUCGCCAACGGGUUUCAAGACGGGGAUCAACAGUCAGGCGCCCAAGGCUGUGCCGGGUUCGGGUAUAGCCGAGGUACCGCGGGCAGUGGCCAUGAUCUCCAACACUACCGCGCUCUCGAGUGUCUUCGAGCGCAUCACGGCCAAGUUCGACGAAAUGUACAGCAAACGCGCGUUCGUCCACUGGUUCGUGGGCGAAGGCAUGGAGGAGUCAGAACUGUCCGAAGCCCGCGAAGACCUAGCUUGUUUAGAAAGGGACUACCACGACGUCCAGCAGGAUCACAUGUCCGCUGACAGCGUCGACGGCUCUUUCCCCCAGUAA